UGUUCUUGAAUUUUACUGUAUUUUUAGUUUAUAGAGGUUGUAGUGUUUUAAUUAGGGUUAAUAUUCCUUUUUUUGGUUGAAAAGUCUUACCAUUUUUCUAUGUGAUGUUUCUGCUAAUUUUGGCUUUGGUUCGUAAAUAAUUUCCCACAUUUUUUCUUAAACUAUGAAGAAAGAAUGAAGGGUUGCAUCAUGAAAGGUGAAGUGAGGGAAUCAUAUCAAUUAAAUAUCGAGCCAAUGUCAUGGAGCACAGACAGUAUUUUUUUCAAGAGUGUAGGCACACCAAAGAAGAAUGAAAUCGUGUUCAUUGCUCCAACUGGGGAAGAAAUUAAGAACAGGAAGCAAUUGCAGCAGUACCUGAAAUCACACCGUGGCAAUCCUGCAGUAUCUGAGUUUGAUUGGGGCACUGGUGAGACCCCAAGAAGAUCUGCAAGAAUCAGCGAGAAGGCCAAGGCAACUCCUCCUGAAAAGGAGCCCCCAAGGAAGGGAAGCCGAAAAUCAUCUGGUUCAAAGAAAGAUGAAACGGAAUAUGUUACUGAGGGCAAGGAUGAAGUUCAAAUGCAAGAUGCAGAGGGAACUGAAACAGAAAAUGCAAAGGAAGAAAAAAGAAAUGAUGGCACCGAAGAAAAUCAGGAUGAGAAUGGAGAUACGGAUCAAGAAGAAGCUGAUCGGAUGAAGUCAGCAGAUGCCAAUAUGGAAGAACUGCAACAGAGGAAGUGAACAAGGACAUAAAGUCCCAAGAGGAUGCCUAGGAAACCAAGAAUGGUGAUGAAGGAAAAGCUAAGGAAGCCCAGCACGCACUGGAAGUUAAAGAGAAAGAACAUGGAGGGGCAGCAUUGAAGUACAUAGCUGCUGAAGAAGCUGGUUCCAGUGAAGUAUCUGAAAAUAGAAACAAUAAGGUUGAAGACGUGGCUGGAAACGUGGCUGGAAAGAUGCCACAAACUGACUCAGAGAAAGAGAAUGCCCUGGGUCGCAAGGGCAUCCCAGAUAAUGUAGCGAUGAAUGUAGAUGGUGGAGCACAGGAGAAUACACAUGGAACUGUCUCUGCAUCUGAGGGAGAGAUCAAAGAGAAACUUGGUUUGCAGGAGGGCGAUGCAAAGUGUAGCAUUCCCAUGGAUGGGAAAGACAAGCCAGUGGAUGGGGAGAUCAUUGAAAAUGGAAAAGGUAAACCCAAUGGGGCCAGCUGAUGCCCCUCAGCCGUAGCUCUUAUGUAACAUCUGCUUCUCUUCUAAUUCAGGCGACUCGGAUGUUUUGGGUGACUCUAGCUUUAAUGUCAUUGCUAGUUUGAUAAUAUGUUGAUGUUAGAUUUAAAUGGAUGGGAUAUCGCCCUACCUGUAGUCUUGACCCCACUAGAGUAGGCUGUAAUUGAUGCAGCAUUUGUUCGUUGCAUACAUUGUGCAGGACUCGAGAUUGCAAGGCUUUAAUUAACUUGUAUGUUUAGUGACUAGACUAAAAUAUUAUAUAUGUUUGCACUGAUGUUUA